AUGUCAGCGCCAGACUCUUUUGCAGUGGUUGAAUAUGCUCUUCCUCCAUUUGAUGAAUGCCCCAAAACUUAUAUCUGUCAAUGUGAAAGCUGUCAAGUGUGCCAGAAAACGCGAGGCUAUGUCCCUUACCUUUUUUUCGCAGGAUUUAUAUUCCCUAUGUGCUGGAUUUUGGAGCUUACAAUUUUCGCAUACACUUGCUUCGUAGUGGAACACGAUAUCCAGCUACCGCCAAUCAUGGACGAUGAGCUUCCCACGUUAUUUGAAGUCAACAUGCCGCGCAAAUGCAUCUACAAAACCAAAAAUUCGCAAGAUAGGAAAAGCGAUGGUGCAGAAAAAUUAAAGAUGGAAAACCAGGAAGAUCUUUGGGCAAAUUCCGAGUCCAGUCCCAGGCCCGACACGGCCCGCUUGAACCAAAUAUUGGCCGAUGCCAAGCUCGAAUACUUGGAUAACGUCAAAAGUGAUGUGGUUUCUUGGCAUAUUAAAAUGUACAAGUUCCACCGAAGCUGGGCACUUAGAACUGCGAUAUCUUUACUGUGUUACAUUGUAUUGAUAUGCUUCACUGUUCUUACCCUUCGGUCUAGCAGAAGUGUUUCAAUGUAG